UGUUGACAUUUCUUGCCCGUUCCAUGUUCCGUCCUCAAAAUCGAAUUUUCUCGUGUUUUGAAUAGGAAAACCGAACAAUCUGGGGUAAAAGCUGCUCAUUUAUUAAAAACAGUAAAAACUAGUUUACAGUGAUAAUCAGUUAAAAAAAAGUGAGAAGUUGAACAAAAAAAAAACAUGCCAGGAAUUCCUCAGAGACCAGAAGUAGCAGGGGCAUUGGUUCCUGUUCCCAUACAACCAGGAAACAAUGAUCCAGUGCAACCAAGACAACCAACAGAUUUGCAAGGUCUACUUAGGUUUUGUAUGGAGGCGACUCAAUCAGAAGAUGCCCCAAAUGAAUCUCAGUUUGCUGCAAUGGAUGAAGAGAAAAGAAAAUGGUUAGAGAAUGCCUUAAGAUCUAUGACCAUUGAUGUAAUGGAACUGCUCAGAAAACAAAUUGAAAUUUUACAAAAAGUAGACAAAAUCAAGGAGGGUGAUGACGUAUCUGAAUAUGAAAAUGCUGUAGAAAUUAUUCUGGAUCAUGUUGAUCACAUUGAUAUUGCUUGCGAUUUUCAUAAAAUUGGCGGUUUUAUGGUCUUAUACCCAUGUCUUAAGUGCCCUCAUCCAAAAAUAAGGGCUUUUGGAUGUGAACUAUUAGCAGUUUUAUGUCAGCACAAUCCCUAUUGUCAAAAAGUUGUUCUAGAGAAUGAGUUUGUCCCAAAAUUACUUAGUAUGAUUGAAAAGGAUGAAGAUAUUUGUGUCACCAUAAAAGCUUUGUACGCUUUAAGUGCUAUCAUCAGACAUUGUCAGGAAGGUUUUAGCCAGUUUAUCCACUAUAAUGGACCAGUAAUACUAUUGCACGCCAUGAGCCGAGGGGAUGAUAAAUUAGUUACGAAAGCCACUUUUCUUUUGGACAGUUUAUGUGAUUCACAACCAGACUUUAAAAGUCGUCUAGUUUUUCUCGAGUAUGUUCCUACAUUAAUCUCGCUUCUGUCAAAAGAAAGACAACCGAGCCACGAACAUGUUUUGCGCCUGUUAGCAAGGCUUAUAGAAGAAAAUGCUACUGCAUUAACGGAGUGUCGUAAUCCCAGACAUAAUUUACAGCAAGUUUUACAAAAAUAUAUUGAGGAUUGUGGAAAUAAGGAGGAAUGUUUGGAGGAAGUACAGCAUUCCAAAAGGAUAUUGUACCUAGUGUUUGGUCUUCACUAAUAAUAAUAUAUUUCAGGUGUUUAUUCUUUUAUUUUAAUUAAUAUUAUGGCAUCGAUUUUUUAGCUUAAAGAACAUCUUUUGUAAAUAUAUUUUUUUGUAGCUUA